GGGAGUGGGCCGCUGGGGGUAUAAAACAGAAAACAGCGCUUUUGCCCGCCAAUAUGUGUGUGGUUCCAUUUUGGUAGACACCAGAGAGGUGUCUGGUUUUCUUCUACUCGAUUGAUUUAUUGUUGAGACGUGCAGGCGGAGCAGCAUGUUGCUAAGCGCAGUGAUAAUUUGUUGUAUGGCAGCUGCAAAUGCGGAGUCGUCUCUGAACAGCUACUCUUUUACUGGCGACGGCAACGCGUACGAUUACAGUAACACCGUUGCCAGUAAUGGAUACCUGGGGUCCAAGGACGGCUAUCAAACCAGCGGUAGCUUUUACGGUGCUGGAGACACCAAUCAUAAAUUGUCCAACCAUGUCGGCGGUCACUCGUUAAUUAACGUCGGCAGCCAGGGCAGCCUAGGAGGAGGCGACGUGGGAAACAGUUAUAACGGAUACUCCGCGAGCGAUCAGGGAAACGAAUACGCGGGAUAUUCCAGCGGCUACGAGAGCCCCGCUGGCGAGUCUUACAGUACGUCCACCCGCGCAACGGCCACACCGCUCAGAGGGUACAUCAGCGGUAAUAAUAACGGCGAGCCGACCUUCAACGCGUACAACCCGAGCGACUCGGUCCACAAGGACGCCGAUUUUGGUCAGUACGCGGCCAGCAGCAGCACCAGCAGUAAGAGGGUACCCGCUUAUCCCGUUUACACCAGGCCGACCCGGGUGUCGGACAAUUAUCCCGAGGGCACCGCUGACAGCGGCGUACAAGGGUAUCACGGCGGCUCCUCCGGCGCCUCAAGUUACUCCGAAAGCGAGCACGUCUACGCGCCUUACUCGCCGGGUGGUCAGGCGAGCGAGUACUCGUUUGGAAAGCAGAAAAACGAGCCGUUGAACCUGAAAGGAGGAGGCAGCAAGUACAGCGGCGUAUUCUCGAUCCCGUCCGAGACGCGUUACACGCGAGGCAACGCCGGCCACCUGAGCUAUAAUCGCGACGUACCGUCGUUCGUGUCGGCCGGUUCCGCGCCGGGCAGCUAUUUCCCCAAGGUAGCGCACGGCAGCUACUCCCCGGGGAAACCGAGUAAAUACGGCUACAAACACUUGUCUCGCUACGCUCCGAAUAGCGACGUAACUUACAUGUCGAGGGAACGCGAUGGCUAUUACAUGCCUUACGGCAAGGGCGGUGGCAAGUUCAUCGUAAUUAAGGAUAACAGCCCGAGUUACCCAGGCCGUGUUUACGCCGACGAGCCGAUCUACGCCGCCAGCAACGGCGGCUACAGGAGCAAGAGCGGCUUUGCGAAUGGUUACUCCGUCUUGUCCAAUUUCCCUGGGUACACCGGCAGUAGCAGCUACGACGACGGCCCCACUGUACUUAGACGGUACAGGGCCAGCGGUCCCAUGUUUCUGCAAAGGCCCAUUUACGCUUAAUUUAGCUUUAAGGUCGUGUCUAGAUAGUACAGCACGUUGAUGUAUGUUCAAAUUUGUGUAUAUAUAUACAUAUAUUUAUUUUAAUAAGGCUGCGUUACGAUAAUCACCGUCAGUACUGAAAAUCUAUAGUUUACGUCACGGAUACUGCACGUCUUCAGUACUGGCAGUGAAUUAACGGAACGCAGCUCAAGUAUUUUAAUAGGGAUUUCUUUUCAAUGCGUUAUUCCGAAUAAAAACAUUGUUCAAUUGUUUGUAGACGUUCAAACGACCAUUCAUACUUUAUUUCCCCUUUAAUCUCUCGUGCAUACGUACUUUCAAAAGUUUAUAAUUAUUAUAUAGCACAAGUAUAUAAGGUGUUCUUGAUUUUCUUUGCCGAGAAUUCCUCCUCUGUACUUUCUCUUUUCAUAGACUAAGAGAUUAUUGAUUAGACACAAA